UCCCCUCUAUUUCCCUGCCUCGGACCACACAAUGAAAGUGUGUCAUUGUAGGCCAGGAAACAAUGGUCAGUGACUGGAAGGCGGAGUUUGAUCGAGAGCGCCUCGCAGAGCCUCCGGAGCCCCUGGCGCUUGACACCGCCCACCCUUCCGGCUCCUUCCGGUUGCGCUUAGAGCCCUUGCGCCGAGGUUUCCAGAGCUGUGGCGGUGGGGACCAUGCUGCUUCCGAACAUCCUGCUCACCGGUACACCAGGGGUUGGAAAAACAACACUAGGCAAAGAACUUGCAUCAAGAUCAGGACUGAAAUACAUUAAUGUGGGUGAUUUAGCUCGAGAAGGGCAGUUAUAUGACGGCUAUGAUGAAGAGUAUGAUUGUCCCAUUUUAGAUGAAGAUAGAGUAGUGGAUGAGUUAGAAAGCCAGAUGAGUGAAGGUGGAGUUAUUGUUGAUUACCAUGGUUGUGAUUUCUUCCCUGAACGCUGGUUUCAUAUAGUUUUUGUGCUGAAAACAGAUAACAGUGUAUUGUACAAAAGACUUGAAGCAAGAGGUUACAAUGAGAAGAAACUGAAGAAUAAUAUUGAGUGUGAAAUUUUUCAAGUGCUAUAUGAAGAAGCAUUAGCAUCCUACAAGACAGAAAUAGUGCAUCGGCUGCCCAGCAAUAAACCAGAAGAUCUAGAGGAUAAUAUCAAUGAGAUAUUGAAGUGGAUUGAGCAAUGGAGCAAAGAUCAGAGCUCUUGACUUAUGAGUCUGGCCCCUUUAGAAUCACUGUUAAUAUUUCUCUGCCCACAUCACAUAAAUUGUCCAAUAAUCAGUAAAACUUUUUUAUUAAAAUUAUGUUGCAGAACUAGUAGGUGCAUAGUAUACAGCUUUAUGUUUGGGUUUCUCUUUUCUAUGAGAAAGCUAAACAAUCUCAAGUAUAAUGAAUAUAAUGUUAUUAAAGACAGAAUAAAAAUUGUCAUCAUUUAAUGCUUGCUGAAAGAAUAGGGGUAGCGAUUGCUAAAGAAUAAAUAAGUCAGACAAAAUGUGUGGACGGAUAUCUUUUAAGUUUAUUACAGAAGAAAAUGAACAUGGUCUCUUAAAACUGAAAUCUAAAGAUAAAGCAUCAGAGUUUCCAUUUUUAUUUCUCUAAAAAAGGGAAUACUUACACUCUGAAAAAGGUACAAAAGAUUAUACUGGAAAGGUAGGUUUCCCUUCCAGGCCACCCCUGUUCUUCAGCUACCCCACAUCCUCUCCCUUUAGGAACUAAUGUUUCCUAUAUUUCUUUUCAGAUGAUUUAUGUCUGCACAGUGUGUGUGUUACAUAUUUUCUUAAGCGCAUGGCUAGCAUACCAUGUACACUAUUCUGUAUUUUUUCACUUACUAUAUUUUGGAGAUUAUACCAUCUCAGAGUCUACGCACUUCCCUAUCAUUUUUUUAAAAGAUAUAAUUCACGUGUCAUAAAAUUGACCAUUUUAAAGUGGACAAUCCACUGGUUUUUAUCAUAUUCAGAAGACUGUGCAACCAUCACCACUAAUUCUAUAACAUUUUCAUCACCCCACCCAAAAGAAGUCCUGUUCCCAUUAGUCAUCACUUCCCAUUCUUUUCUCCUAGCCCCUUGCUAUUACUAAUCUUUGUAUACAUUGUUUCAUUCUAGACAUUUCAUAUAAAUGGAAUCAUGCAGUAUGUGGCCUUUUGUGUCUGGCUUCUACUACUUAGCAUAAUGUUUUUAAGGACAUCCAUGGUAUAGCCUGUAUCAGCACCUCAUUCCAUCAGUUCCACAGUUGGAUUGUAUCCACUUUGGGUUUUGUGAAUUACCAAUAUUUGUGUAUGAAUUUUAUGUGCAUUUUGGUUUUCAAUUCUCUUGGGUAUGUGUCUAGGAGGGAAAUUGCUGGGUUAUACUGCAACUGAAUUUAACUUUUUGAAGAAAUACCAAACUGUUUUCCAAAGUGGCUAUGUUGCUUUAUAGUCUCACCAUCCAUGUACUAGGGAUCUCAUUUCUUCACAUCCUUGCCAACAUUUGCUACUGUUCAUAAUAGCCAUUCUAUAGAGAUGCAGUCAUAUUUUAUUUUUGUUUUUACAUUUCCCUAAUGACUAGUGGUGGUGUACUUCUUUUCAUGUGCCUAUUAAUCAUUUGUACAACUUCUUUGGACCCCUAAACUUUGUAAUGUUUGCAUCGAAUUCCAUUAAGGAUGUGCUGCAAUUGGUUUAGUCAAGCCCCUAUGGAUGGACAAUUAAGUUGAUUCCAGCUUUUUACUAUUACAAACAAUGAUGUAAAAAAGGAUAAUACAUAUGUUAAUGUGUGCCCGGCACUCUUAAACACAGUUCAAAAGUGAACUCUUAAUUCACAGGAAGGUGUUAUUUCCAUUACAGAGGACAGAACCAAGGCACAGAAGAGUUCCGUAAUUUACCCAAGAGCACAGCAAGGAAAGUGUCUGAGUCAGGACUCCAUCCUAGCAGGCUUUUACCCACUAAGUUGUGCUACCUCAUGCUUAUGUAAUUUUGCACAUGAACAAGUUUCUCGGUCAAGUAAAUUCCUGAAAGAUAAACUGUGUGCAAACAUAACAUUGAGUAAAUCCUUUUUAAUAAAGACAGAUUGCCUAUUAUAUAUGUGCAAGACUUCAUCAAAAUCACUAUGGUAGGGA